UCCCAUGAUGCAUGUACCCAAGAGUCAAGAGUGUCUGUUGAGCAACUAUAGUAACUACAUGGUUUUCUAAGCUGAAUUAAGUUGCAUGUGUUUCCGUAGACCUCAGCUGCCUCAGCUUCCUCUACCUAGGAAGACCAGAAAUCGACUCCUGAGCUACUUUAAAUACAUGAAACAGAGUGGUCAACGGAAUCUCAACCCAGGGAAAGAAGUACGGACAAUUAAAGAAUGCUGAGGAGGAAGAGCACACCAAUUGAUUUUCCAUUGUCAAAUGGUCAGCUCUGCAAACAUACACACAGGAGUGCCAAUACAUGUCUUCCAAAUGCCUUUCCAUCUGUCACCAUUCAUCCUGACUUGAUUGCCACACUACAGUGGGCAUGCAUGUUUCCCUAGGACAUCACAGGCAUGUUCUCCCUUCGCAUUUGUUGGCUCAGCUUCCUAGAAGUCUCAUAUCUCAGUCAUGGUCUCCAGAGACUUUCCAGACUUGACUCCAGCAUCAUCUCACAGCAAGGCCUGCCUUGAUUACUGUGAUUGAUGUGGUGGUGUCUCCAAAGGUAAAAUCUUAAUUUCCGUUUACUUUUUUUCUUGCUGGCAUUCAACAGCACACAGUCUUUGAGGCAGGUGUUCACAUCUCACUGAUUGCCCAGCAACACAGACAUGGAAACUAAACAGUCAAAGAACAGGAUAGUUCCAUUUGUUUAUAGUUGCAUCCUCAUCAUCCAGAGCUGUGACUGACACUUAGUAGAUGCUUAUUUCUGAAUUAAUGAAUGAGCUCUGUAUACAUUUUUCCAUCCUAAUAUCACAGCAAUAUUUUUUUCUUUGGCCACAAAGCAGGUCACUGCCCAUGUUCCUCUUUCUGUUUUUCUUUGUUCAUUGAAAGUUAUUUACCACAGUUUGAGUUGUUUAGAUAAUGGGUCCAGGUGUUUUCAUUUUUUUCACUACUGGAUCAGCAUUUCCUCUUCACAAUGUUUGCUCUCCCUUUAUUCUCAUACUUUUGUCCUUUAGGUUUCUGUUCAAGCUGAUGUUGUAUAGGAAAAUAAGUACAAUGAGCACAAACAAAUUUUCUAAGCUCUUGAUUUGGGACCAGGGAAUAUUGUGUUGAGGAAAUCUCAUUGUUUUUCUCAACCUUCACUUUCUUACACGCAUUUCAAUAAGCCCCUUGCCAUGUUUCUACUAGGCAGGGACAUAAAGAAAAACAAAGCACAUUUCUUCCUAUCAUGCUGGCUCACUGGUAUCCUCCCAGCAAUGUCAAAGUCUUGUGUUCUCUUACCUUGAUGUGAAAAUAAUAAAGCUUAUUUACUGAUGCUAAAGGGUUCUCCUGGUUUAAUUUUACAAUUAGACACUUCCUAACCAUAAGGCCUUUCAUAUUUAUGAUUGCAUAGUUUUCAAAAUAUAGGAAAAAUGUUAAAGUGAAAACAUUGCAAUAAUAUCAGUAAAUGCAGUUAGGUCACCGAAUGCCAUAUUAUCAGGUGACAAUUUUAGAUAUAUUUUCUACCUCAUUUUCUGCUACCUCUUUCUACAACCUCUUGUCAUGUUAUCCUUUUGAGCAUUACUCAGGUCUUAUAGAUAUCUUUUACUCUGAUUAUUAAACCGUCUGCUAGAGGCCAGGACUGGUUUACCCAAUGCUAAUUAUUAGGGGUGCAACUGCAGUAGAGCUGAGUCAAAAGUGUUUGUUAUAAAGGCAAAACCCACAAACUUAGCAAUUUCUGUUGUCGUGGCAAGAAUGGCAGGAUAUUAACUUUUAAUAAAUAUAUGCCACAGUUAUGUCACCAUGAUAUUUCUGAUUGAUGGAGAGAAGCCUUGUGAUUACAGAAGUAGAACAACACAGGCUAGGAAAAGUUCCUGUGAAAUACUGACCUCAGUUUGACCCUGAAGUUAAGUCAGGACGUAGCAAGUGCCUUUCUUGUUCAGUAUGAUACGAUAAAACCUGAGACUGUUGGGGUGAAGAAUCCUCACGCACAGGGCAAGGACCACAGCAGCAAGGCCGAGGCUGGUGCAGGAGCUGAAAGUGCUUCGGUCCAUCUACCACCCACACGGAUAGCAUUUCUGUGUGCCGGUCCAUCUGCCACCCACACGGAUAGCAUUUCUGUGUGCCAGUGCUUGCUUGCACAAGCUGAGCUGCAAGCUCCUACUGGCCUGAGCCAGAGAGACUGGGACAAAGCAGCUCAAGGACCAUAGCACCCCUCACAGGAUUCGAUGUCUACAAACUCCUUCCGUAUUCACUGAAACAUCACAGAAUCGUACCCCUCUGUGACCUCCAUCUUGUCAGUGGAAUCUGAUGGCCAAACCUUGGCUGCUGUCUUGGAGAGGCUCUGUUGGGUUAUCAUCAGGCAGCAGGAUGGCUGGGCUCAUGACAGAAGUUUUACAGAAUCAGAUGCAGGCUGGUCCAGGAGAAAUGCCUGAUGAUGCAUUAUUUUGGGUGUUGGAAAUCAACCUCUCUGCAUCCCUCAUAGUACACGGUGGUUUGCAAAAGGUCCUCACUGAGAGUCAGCUUGUCAACUUGUUUUUCUGGCAUAUCUACAGCUGCUUAGGCCCACAAACAGGCAAGCCAGAGCCCAGUGUGUGGGCAAAGCCCUCCCUGGUAAUCUGCUCCAUAAGAUGGGCUGUUCUCCUCUAUCUUCCUCUCGGUCUUAUUUUUGAGCAAGAAAAAAAAAUGAGUUCCAUGUGUUUCUACAGAGACUCCAGGGAAUGGAGGCAGAGAGGGAUGACUACCCCCACAAAUGGUCUUCUCCUGUUUCUUUAUUAUAUUCUGUCACACUGUGACAUGGGUGUUAUAUCCUUCUGAGAUACAUAUAUCUCAGACAUAAGUCUGAGACCAGCCACAGCUUCUCAAAACUAAAAGCACUUUUCCUUGUUGAAUGACACAAUAUUUUGUGGUUCCUGUCAUUUUGUUUACAGUACACUUCAUUCCAUGUCUCAGCCCCCUCUCCUGUCUUGUGAUAGGAGCAGCUUCAUGUGCUCUGAGAGUAGGUGUUCUGCUAGAGAGGAAGGAGUUAACAGGGCACCUGAUGAACAGAUUACCAGUGGGCUUUUUUGGACCUGCCCAAGAAUGAAAACAGUAAUUCUGUCUAGUUUCAUUAUCCCUCUUACUGUAGCUGAGACUCACCUCGAAGAUGAACACAGAAGAGGCUCCAAAAGCUUCCAUGCGAGCGCUAAAGACAGAGGCCCCCAGCACAGACCUCCUUCAAGAGGGGGAAAUGGGCGAAAGGCUCCAAAAAAGAUAUUGCAAAAUAUCCUCCCCUGAAGGUACCUGUAAGCUUCGCUGCUACUAUAUAGUUAUCAUGGUUGUUUCUAUAACUGCUGGGCUUUCUGUUGGUUUCUUAGUGAGACCAGUCACUGAGAGAUGUGAACCUUGCUAUGCCACCUGCCCAAGAGACUGGAUUGGAUUUAGAAGUAAAUGUUUUUAUUUUUCUGAAGACAUGAUAAACUGGACUUUCAGUCAGACCUCCUGCAUGGCACUAGAAGCCCAACUAGUUCUUUUUGACAGCUUGGAAGAGCUGAAUUUCCUGAAGAGAUGCAAGGGGGCUUCUGACCACUGGAUCGGCCUACACAGAGAGUCACCAGAACAUCCUUGGAUGUGGACAGACAACACAGGAUAUAACAACUUGGUCCCCACCCAAGGAGCAGGAGAAUGUGCCUACCUGAGUGACAGAGGGAUCAGCAGUGGCAGGGACUAUACUCACAGGAAGUGGAUUUGCAGCAAGUUCAGCAACUACACUUUACAGUGCCCAGAGACCAGUACUGUCAAAUCUAGGGUAAAGAAUGUUUCAAAACAUCUCUGAGAAACCUGUAACAUGUUACAUACAGUUGCUGCUUCAUUCUUGAUCUUCAAAAAUCAUUAUCAAAUUCAAUUCACAAUGUGUGCUAACAUCAAGGUUAAAACUUACCUUUGAGGACUAUUCAUGUGUGUGCUUGGGAGACAAUGAAUGGUUCUAAACUAA